AUGAGUUCCAUAGAGGCUCUUGACGCUCUCGACAUCGACAAGUUUCCUCGUAUGACGAAACAGGCCAUUCGUCUAAUUUGCAAAAAACUGAAAUUGUACCAGACACCGUACCUCAAUGAUGUGUUAUACCUUCAUUACAAAGGAUAUCCCAGAAUUGAAAAUUUGGAUGAAUACACGGGUCUUAAAUGUUUAUGGCUCGAGUGUAAUGGAAUUGAAAAAAUUGAAAAUUUAGAAAACCAGACCGAAUUAAGAAGUUUAUAUUUGCAUCAUAAUUUAAUAAGACGCAUAGAAAAUUUGGAGUUGCUACAGAAAUUGGAUACAUUGAACCUGAGUCAUAAUUUUGUAAAAACUAUAGAACAUAUUGAAAUCUUGCCUGUGCUUCAUACUUUAGAUAUAAGCCAUAACAAAUUGGCAUCUUUAGAGGACAUUGAGCAUUUAGCAAGAUGUAGAAAUCUUGCAGUUUUGGACAUGUCCCAUAAUCAUUUAGAAGAUCCCAUGAUUGUGUAUGUUUUAGGUGAAAUGGAUAAUCUAAGAGUUUUAACAUUAACAGGGAAUCCAAUUCUAAAGAAAGUGUCACCAUACCGUAAACUAAUGAUUGUUCUUUGUAAAAACUUGCAACAUUUGGAUAUAAUGCCAGUUUUCCCAAAAGACAGAGCAUGUGCAGAAGCAUGGCAUGAAGGAGGAAUAGAUGCAGAAAUGAAAAUGAGGCAAAAAUGGAAUGAAGAGGAUGACAAAAGAAUUAGAGACAGCGUACACCGUCUUAUUAAACUGCGAGAUGCACAUAGGAAAGAAAAGGAAAGGAAAAUUGAAAACCAUGAAGCAUGCAUUGAAAGUCUGGGUCUAGGAAACUUAUUUGAUGAAAAUAAACCCAAUUUUACUGAUGACAGUUCAGUUGAUAUAUCCAUAAAAGAGCAAGAUCGUGAAGAUAUUGUUGAAAUAAAAUGUAAGAAAAGGUUACCAACGGAAGAUGUUUCAGAUGGAAGCAGCAGUGAAAGUGAAGAUUCUCAAGAGUUUUGGAAGGAAAUAACCAGUACAUUAGGACCAGAAGAUCUUGCCCCUUCUAGAAAAUCAAUUGAGGAAAUCCCACCAGUACCUAUAGAAGAAAUUUUCCCUGACAGAUUUUCAGAAUCAGUGAUUUUUAAAAAGAAAGAAGAAAAUGUUGCUUUAAAGUCAAAUGAAACUUCUAGAACAUUGAUAGAGGAAGUAGAAUAUAAUGCUUUACCUAGUACAGAUGAACAAUCCCUUCUGGGAAUGGAAGACAAAGAAAUACCAGCAGAAUUUGAAAAAAUAGAUCUAUGCAAUUUAGAUAGAAAAGAUGAAACAAGUGUUUCAAGAGAACUAACUGGUGAAAUGAAUAAAGAUAUCUGUAGAGAUGAUGAUACAGUGUUUCUAAACAAUACUGAUAAUAGGGACAGCCUGAAAAUUGUAAAUCAAAAUGAAGAGGAAAGAAAGAUGACUGCAGAUUGUAUUAAUCUCAAAGAACACAUUCCUGAACAGUUGGAAGAGGUGCCUUCCACAAUAGUUGAAGAGACAAUUAUAGAACAUGCAAUUGAGGAAGAUAUCCAGAAGAAAUCUAAAAAAGUUAGUGAAGUACAUUCUGAUCCUGAUAGUAGUUACACACAAUCACAAUUACUGGAUACAUUUCAGAAAACUAAAAGUAUUUGUGAAAUGACUUCUUCUCAAGAUGGGAAUAAUGAAUCAGCAACAUUCAAUGUCAUCAGUUGUGAGAAACAUUCAGAAGCUGAAAUUUCAUUUGAACAGACAAAUGCGAAUCAAUGUGAGGAAAAAAAUAUCCUUGACAUCAACAAUCCUUUUCAGAAUUCCCAUGAUAUUGAGUGUGUUCCAACUGCACUCUUACAUUUGCCACAAAUGCAAGAAUCUAUUAUUAAUAAUAUUCAGAAUAACUGUAAUAAUACAAAUAAUGAAACUGAUUGUAAUGUGACAGAUCAUAAUCUGUGUUCUGAAAUAAAAAAUACAACUCAAAUAGAAGAAAAUUUGGAAGAUCAUGUCUCAGAAAAUCAAACACCACUGCAAAAGAGCUUAAUACUCCAAAAUGCUCUCCAAGGAAUAGCAGAUUAA